UCACGGCACACUAAUGUAAAAAAAUUAAUGUUUGUGUAUUUUUAUCACUGAUUUUCUUAUUUUAGGACCUGGGAUCGAAACCUGCUCCAAAAAGGCAUUUAAAACACUGAGCCCUGUAUUACCUACCCAUCAUGGAAGACUUCUGAGGCGUCAUGUCCACCCCUGUUUCCCCUUCCCCGCUGACACUGGCCUCUCCGACAUCAGUUGCCUCCCCGCUGCCCUCGCCCCUCUCCCCUCCGCCCAGGGUGCCCGUGUUCCAGAGGAAGGGCGCCCUCAAACACAAGAGGAUCGUCGAAGUGAAAGAUCACCAGUUCACGGCGCGCUUCUUCAAGCAGCCCACCUUCUGUAGCCACUGCACCGACUUCAUCUGGGGCAUCGGCAAACAAGGAUUCCAAUGUCAAGUUUGCAGUUUUGUGGUGCACAAAAGAUGCCACGAGUUUGUGACCUUCACCUGCCCUGGAUCGGUGACUGCCCCCAGACCAGACGACCUGAGAAGUUGCCACACGUUUAAGAUCCACACCUACGCCAGCCCCACCUUCUGCGACCACUGUGGCUCGUUGCUCUACGGCCUCAUACAUCAGGGCAUGAAAUGUGCCUGUUGUGACAUGAACGUCCAUCGGCGAUGUGAAACAAGCGUUCCCAGUCUUUGUGGCCAAGACCACACGGAGAAGCGGGGCCGUAUCCACUUGACGAUUCGAGGCGAGAAGGAAGACGUGUUCGUCACAGUACGGGAGGCUCGUAACCUGAUGCCCAUGGAUCCAAAUGGCCUGUCAGACCCGUACAUUAAACUUAAAUUGAUUCCCGACCCAAAGAGCCACAGCAAACAGAAGACCAAGACCAUCCGCUCCACACUCAAUCCUGUCUGGAAUGAAAGUUUUACUUUUUCAGUGCGUGGCCACCAGUGGGACAGGCGACUGUCUGUGGAGGUGUGGGACUGGGACCGUACGUCCCGCAACGAUUUCAUGGGCGCGCUGUCGUUUGGAGUCAGUGAGAUCUUCCGGCGUCCCAUCAGCGGCUGGUUCAAGCUGCUAGCGCAAGACGAGGGAGAGUAUUACAACAUCCCUGUGCCUGAUGCGGACCUGCAGGAGCAUCAGCCAGACGGCACCACGCCCACGCUGCCUCAAGUUGGACCCGCCACCCUGCCCGAACCCCUCCCUGUGGCCCUGCCCCUGACCCCCGUGCCCUCCUGUCUGCCCCCCGACUCCCACGCGCAGGGCAAGGGCAGAGUGGGCAUCCACGACUUCAACUUCCUCAUGGUGCUCGGAAAAGGCAGUUUUGGCAAAGUGCUGCUGGCAGAGGAGCGAGGCAGCGAGCGUCUGUUCGCCGUUAAGGUCCUGAAAAAGGACGUCCUCUUCCAGGACGAGGACACGGAGAGCGCCCUGGUGGAGAGGAGGGUCCUGGCGCUGCAGAUGCGUCCCCACUUUCUCACGUCGCUCUACUGCGCCUUCCAGACUGAGGACCGCCUGUACUAUGUGAUGGAAUACGUCAAUGGAGGAGACCUGAUGUUUCACAUUCAGAUCAUCGGGAAGUUCAAAGAGCCUCACGCAGCGUUUUACGCAGCAGAGAUAGCGGUGGGCCUCUUCUUCCUCCACAGCAAAGGGAUCAUCUACAGGGAUCUAAAGCUGGACAAUGUGCUGCUGGACAGCGAGGGCCACAUUAAGAUCGCCGACUUUGGGAUGUGCAGGGAGGGAAUGUUUGAAGGCGACAGCACGCACACGUUCUGUGGAACCCCAGACUACAUCGCUCCCGAGAUUGUGGCCUAUCAGCCCUACAAUAAAGCGGUGGACUGGUGGUCUUUUGGAGUGUUGCUCUAUGAAAUGUUGGCAGGACAGCCGCCUUUUGACGGCAUCGAUGAGGAGGAGCUUUUCCAGUCCAUCAUGGAACAGUGUGUUUCCUACCCCAAGAGUCUCUCCCGUGAAGCUAUCGCCAUCUGCAAGGGACUCCUGACAAAGCACCCCGGCAAGCGCCUCGGUGGAGGAGAGGACGCCGAGCGUGAGAUCAGGGAGCAUCCGUUCUUCCGCUGGAUGGACUGGGACCGUCUGGAGAGGCUGGAGAUCCCGCCGCCCUUCAUCCCCAGAUCUGGCGGGAAAAAAGGGGAAAACUUCGACAAGUUCUUCACGGCGGCCCCGUCGGCGCUCACUCCCUCGGACCCGGAUGUGCUGGCAGCCGUCAACCAGGAGGACUUCCAGGGCUUCUCCUUUCUCAACCCAGAGUUUGCUCCGUCACCCCUAACUGCAGUCUAAAAAUAACCUAACCUACCACGCAAAUAGUCUAGUUUUAUACUGCGACCUCUCACAACUCCGUUCAAUACCAGGACUCCCAUGAAUUUAAUCCUGCUAGACAGAUAUGUUGCAAUAAUGCAAAGAAUGCCAUUGUUGUAGAGCGCCAUGUAAGAGUUGUUUUUGGAAAUAAUAACAGAAUCACUUUUAUCAUUUUGCAUGCAGAU